AUGGAUGACGAAACAGCGUGCGAUUUAUUUUAUGAAGCUGAUAAGCUUUUGAAUGGUAGUACUGACAUACAUAAGGAAAUCAAUAGUUUCCCAGAAUACCUUCGAUAUUGCCCCAAUAAUAGACCAUGUUCAAAUAGGGUUGAAGGUAUUGGUGCUUUGAGCGGGUAUUUAUUUACGGCGUUAAACAAUGAUGACAACGUGUAUUCUGAAUAUUUUAUGAUGUGGUUAGCUCAUAAUUUAUUUAAGAUAGCCCAAAAAAUAAAAAAUAGUAACGCCAAUGAAAUUACUUUAAGUUCCGCUUAUGAACAAUAUUUAAAGAAAAAUAUGGGUAAUUUUGAGAAUUUGAAUAUUUUAAAUAAUCUAAUGACUUUGCAAAAUGUUAAUCUUAGGCAUAUGAGUGAAUUGUAUACGCUACUUAACCAUAUAUGUAAUACGAUUGCAUAUUAUAAAAAAAAUAAUGAAAAACAUAAAAACCUUUCUCGAAAUUCUAUCAAAUGUCUUAAUCAAUAUAGAACCCUUUACAACGUUUUUUCUGGAAAUGAUACAUAUCUAUCUCUAUUGCAAAAAUUAAAAAAAAUAUAUGACGAUUUUAGAACUGCUGCUAUUGAGAAUGAUGCUGAUAAAAAAUAUAAUAUAGAAAAACGUCUUCUAGAACUUACAAAAAUGAAUGAGAGGAAUAAUGAACAAAACAUCAAUCUACAAAAUACAGCGAAUAAAACAUCAACUCAAAGAAAGGAACCAAAAAAUAGUAGAAGAUACCAAGGAAAGUCUAUAAAGCUAACAAAAGAAAGUUUAUCAUCGAAAUCGAAAGGUCAAGCACUACCUGAAGAUCUACCUAAAGCGCUAGCUCAAAUACAGCAUCCACCUCAACAUCAAAAUCAAGCACUACCUAAAGAUCAACACCAAGCACUACCUAAAGAUCAACAUCAAGCACUACCUAAAGAUCAACAUCAAGCACUACCUAAAGAUCAACAUCAAGCACUACCUAAAGAUCAAUCUCAAAUAAAACAAAAACAACAGCUAGAACCAGAAAAAAAAUCAGAAUCACAAAAUAAAGGGAAUGAGACACUACAUCACGCACUAUCUAAAAUACAAAAACAACAACAGGUAGAAGGGGAACAAAAGAUAGAAGGACAAAAUGUAGGAGAACAAAAUGUAGAAGGAAAACAAAAUGUAGGAGAACAAAAGGUAGAAGGACAAAAGGUAGGAGAACAAAAGGAAGAAGGACAAAAGGUAGGAGAACAAAAAUUAGGAGAACAAAAAUUAGGAGAACAAAAGGUAGGAGAACAAAAAUUAGGAGAACAAAAGGUAGGAGAACAAAAGGUAGAAGGAAAACAAAAGGUAGAAGGAAAACAAAAUGUAGGAGAACAAAAAUUAGGAGAACAAAAGGUAGGAGAACAAAAGGUAGGAGAACAAAAGGUAGGAGAACAAAAGGUAGAACCACAAAAUAAAAAGAAUGAGGCACUACAGCAAGUACUAUCUACAAUAAAACAAAAACUACAGCUAGAACCAGAAAAAAAUCCAAAGCCAGAAAAAAAAACAGAAUCACAAAAUAAUGAGAAUGAAGCACUAAAGAAAGAAGUACCUAAAAUACAACAAGCACCAGUACAACCAGAAGAGCCAGCACCAGGAUUACAAGAACUACCGCCAGCACAACAACCACAACAACCAGAAGCACCACAAGAUCCAGCACCAGCAAUACCAGUACAACCAGAAGCACCACCAAUACCAGCACAACAACCAGGAAUACCAGCAGCACCACAACCAGCACCAGCACCAGGAAUACCAGUACCACAACCACCACCAGGAAUACCAGAACAACCACCAGGAAUACCAGUACCACAACCACCAGGAAUACCAGUACCACAACCACCACCAGUACCAAUACCAGUACCACAACCACCACCAGUACCAAUACCAGUACCACCACUACCAGUACCAGAAAUACCACAACCACCACAAGCAGUACCAGAAGUACCACAACCACCACAAGCAGUACCAGAAGUACCACAACCACCACAAGCAGUACCAGAAAUACCACAACCACCACCACAAAUACCAGUACCACAACCACCACCACAAAUACCAGAAAUACCACAACCACCACAAGCAGUACCAGAAGUACCACAACCACCACAAGCAGUACCAGAAAUACCACAACCACCACUACCAGUACCAGAAAUACCACAACCACCACAAGCAGUACCAGAAAUACCACAACCACCACAAGCAGUACCAGAAAUACCACAACCACCACUACCAGUACCAGAAAUACCACAACCACCACAAGCAGUACCAGAAAUACCACAACCACCACUACCAGUACCAGAAAUACCACAACCACCACUACCAGUACCAGAAAUACCACAACCACCACAAGCAGUACCAGAAAUACCACAACCACCACUACCAGUACCAGAAAUACCACAACCACUAGCACAAGUACUACAACAAUACCAGCAACUAUUACAACAAAACCAACAACCACAUCAACCACCACAUCAACCACCACUACAUCAACCACCACAUCAACCACCACAUCAACCACCACUACAUCAACCACCACAUCAACCACCACAUCAACCACCACAUCAAGAACCACAUCAAGAACCACUACAUCAACCACCACAUCAACCACCACAUCAACCACCACAUCAACCACAACAAGAACCACAACAAGAACCACCACAUCAACCACAACAAGAACCACAACAAGAACCACAACAAGAACCACCACAUCAACCACAACAAGAACCACAACAAGAACCACCACAUCAACCACCACAUCAACCACAACAAGAACCACCACAUCAACCACCACAUCAACCACAACAAGAACCACCACAUCAACCACCACAUCAACCACCACAUCAACCACCACAUCAACCACAACAAGAACCACCACAUCAACCACCACAUCAACCACAACAAGAACCACCACAUCAACCACCACAUCAACCACCACAUCAACCACCACAUCAACCACCACAUCAACCACCACAUCAACCACCACAUCAACCACCACAUCAACCACCACAUCAACCACCACAUCAACCACCACAUCAACCACCACAUCAACCACCACAUCAACCACAAGCACAAAGACAAGAACAAGCACAAGCACAAAGACAAGAACAAGCACAAGCACAAAGACAAGAACAAGCACAAGCACAAAGACAAGAACAAGCACAAGCACAAAGACAAGAACAAGCACAAGCACAAAGACAAGAACAAGCACAAGCACAAAGACAAGAACAAGCACAAGCACAAAGACAAGAACAAGCACAAGCACAAAGACAAGAACAAGCACAAGCACAAAGACAAGAACAAGCACAAGCACAAAGACAAGAACAAGCACAAGCACAAAGACAAGAACAAGCACAAGCACAAAGACAAGAACAAGCACAAGCACAAAGACAAGAACAAGCACUACGAGAAGAAGUACAACAACAACAAGAAGAAGUACAACAACAACAAGAAGAAGUACAACAACAACCACAUGAAGAUAUACAAAUACACCAAGUAAUACAACAACCACUACAACCACAACUGGAAGCACAGCAUCUACGGCAACCAAAGGAAGAUAUACAAAUACAACAAGUAAUACAAAAACCAUUACCACAACUGGAAGCACAGCAUCUACGACAACCACAAUCACAAUAUACAAAGAAAAAUAAAAGCGAUUCAUAUUGUGUAUCAAAAAAUAAAGAAUAUAACUUCAAUGAUCCAAAAUGUCAAUUGAAAUAUGAGAAGAAAUUCGAAAAUCCAAAGGAAAAUGACACUCAAGAGGAGCAAAAAGAUCAUGAAAUAAAUGAGAAGAAUAAUGAACAAAACAUCAAUAUACAAAAUAAAGCGGAUAAACCAUCAAACCAAAGAGAGGAACCAUCAGUUUCAAAAGGUGCACCAAAAUUUUCAGGAAGUGAGCCAGAAAAUAGUGGAAGAUCCCAAGGAAAGUCUUUAAAACCACCAAAAGAAAAUUUAUCAAUGGAAUCGAAAGAUCAAGCACUACUUAAAGACCUAUAUCAAGUACUUCCUCAAGCAUUAAAAAAACAACAUCCCGAACUAGAAAAAAAUCCACAGGCCAAAAAAAGUCCAGAACUACAAAAUAAAGAGAAUGAGACACAAUCAAAACCACAAGAUAAAGAUCAUGAGGCAGAACAAAAAUCACAUGAUAAAGAAGAUGUGGCACAAGAAAAAUCACAAGAUAAAGGGGACAUAACACAAUCUCCAUCUACACAAAGAAAAUCAUUGACGAAACGUGAAACUACGAAAAAAAACACAGAAAUGGAAUUUUUAUAUGAUUUGUAUAAACAGUAUUUUUCAUCUUUUUAUAAAAAUUGUACUGAUUAUGGAAAUCGUUUAUAUGAAACAGCAUCAACUAGCUUAACAAAAGGUUACUCUGCAUUUAAUAAUUUUGCUAAUGAUUUAAUUAAUCAAUCAAAUAAAGUAAAUGUUACAUCACCGCCAAUUGAUAAUAGCAUUCAACUAAAAGAUUCGAGAAAUGAUCCACCUUCCUCUGAUGAUACAUCAGAAAUGCUCUCGCCUCCGUCGAAGGAAUCUAUUGACAAAAAAACUGAAGGUGAAAACCACGAAACAAAUUCUGAAGGUAAAAUCCAAGAAACAAUUUCUGAAGGUGGAAACCAAGAAAAUAAAUCUGAAGGUGGAAUCCAAGGAAAAGAACCUGAAGGUGGAAACCAAGGAAAAGAACAUGAAGGUAAAGGCAAAAUAAGUGAAACGAAACAAUCAACACCAAUUCCAACUCCUGAAGAGCCAUCAGACGAUUCUAUCAAUAUAAUACUUGAUCGAGGAAUUGAAGAACCUCCUUCUGAAAUGGAGGUGCAAAAAGGCAUAUUCGAAAUAGGAUUUUUAGAUGUAUUUAAAGGAUACAAAUUAUUUGUAUAUUUAGUUAUAAUUAUUUUCAUACCCAUUAUUUUAACACUUAUGUAUAGGGAUUUGGGAAGAGAAAAAAAAAAAAAAAAAAACAUAAAAAAGGUUAUAAAAUUGUCUGAUGAAAAUAAUACCGAAAUGUUGCAAUACAUUCCUUGA